GAUCCACCCGUGUGUUCGUCUGAGCCGCGUUCAGGAGUCUUAAAGUUCGGGUUCAUCGCUGCAGGCGAGUCUCACGCGCCGAACCCUCUGCUGGCGGCACAUUUCAGUGACAAAGAAUCUUAAAACAUAUUCAACCUGCUCAAUGAAUUCUGUCACUUCAGGGAAAUGACAACUGUUUUCAAGUUGGCCGAUAAAGUCGCUGCUGUGUGGGCGAGUGAACAGCGGAAUAUUCUACAUGUUUCAGACGUUGACCGGGUGGAAGAGGCUUUUAAAAGAGUUUGAGCGGUACUCCAACCACAAAAGACCCGACUGCAAAAGAAUAGACCUGCAACCCAUUUGUAAACAAACCCACCCGGUGAAUCGAGCCCGUCCGAGCUAGAAGAAAAUGUGUUCGAGAUGCAAAUGACGGUGGCCUUAAGGGACAUUUCACACAACAACUCUGCCGGUGUUCUAAUGACAGCGACCAGAACUCGGUUAGGAGCAGCGGACCAAACACACGUCUGUGUCGCCGUCUCCAUUAGCGGCUCGUUGCAGGUGAGUGUUGUUCGAGGAAAAGAUGGUUUUGGAUUCACGAUCUUCUCCGAAUGUCCAGUUAAAAUACAAGCUGUCGACCGCGGAGGUCCGGCUCACCGGGCUGGGCUCCGUCAGGGAGACUCGGUCCUGCAGCUGAACGGACUUCCUGUGGAAACCUGGAAGUGUGUGGACCUCGCUAACGCCAUCAGGGGCUGCUCCUCUCAGAUCGUGUUGGUGGUGUGGAGAGGUUUACCUGAGCUCAGGUCCGGAUGUGAAGCUUCGAUCCACUCAACACACCACAAGGCAACAGGCAGGAAGUUGCUGCCUCACCCCACCUCCAGCAAACAUGGCCGUGGAUGGGGUCAGGGGUCCGGGGUCCGGUCUAGUUUGGGGGACAGGAAGGAGGACAAGAAGGAGGAGCAUGAGGAAACUCAGGAGGUGACGGAGUACUCAUCUCACACCACCACGCUCAAGGGCACCUGCGUGACUUCAUCACAUGGAGAUAAUUACUUCAUCCUGUCACCUGUAAAUCCAGUAGGACAGCUGCUGCAGCCGGUUUACCAAGAUGAUGACGGAGCGAUUGGGCGUCUGUACCAGACUUACCCCAGCAGAGGUCAGAACCUCUUCCACGACCCUCGACCCGGGUCAUCAGGGCGACUUCUCGGCGGCUACACCUCCACCCUGCCCGCACCCCUCUCGACCUCCUCUUCAUCAGCCCCUCCCGGUGACUACGGCAACUACCAGAACUGCACCAUCGUCCAAUCACAUCUGCCCUGCUCUGCUUAUGGACCCUACAAUACCCUGGCGCCCAAAACCCUCAUCUUCCCCAUCUUUGUCGAGCCUUUGGACCUCUGCAGCCCGGACAGAACCCUGCUGCUCUCGGAGGAAAUGGUUCUACACCAGGCCGACCUGCUGCCUGCUAAGGUCACAGUAUUGAUCUACAGUGACCUGCUGCUCCUCACCAGAGAGGACGAGGCCGGACGCUGUAACGUCCUCCAGAGUCCACUGUACCUGAACACACUGCAGAUCAGAGAGGGCCCCUCCCCUCCGCUGCAUCUCGUCCUCCAGACAUCUCGUGGUCUCGUCUUCAGUCUGGAGAUGUUCAGCCGAGAGCAGAGACUCAGAGUCAAUCUCUGUCUCCAUGACAAUGCCCAACGACCGCUGCUCUCAGACCUCCCUUCAGACUUUGGCCUCCUCACUGUGGGUCAAUCUGACCUCUUCUCUCAGGCUUCCAUCCCUUGUUCUUCCUCCUCAUCUCCCCUCCUCCACUCUUUCUCCUCCCUCCCACCUCCCUCUCCUUACACCUCCAGUUCCUCCUUCUCCUCCUCCACUCCUCGUCUCCCUCUCUCCCCAUAUACCUCCUCCUCCUCCUCCUCCUCCUCACCUCCUUCCACUAACUUCAGCCCCCAUCAGCUCCUCCACCAGCCUUCAACCCAGAGGAGUCCAGCCUGGGAAGAGAGGGGAGGAGCAGAGGAGGAGAGGAGGAAGAGGAGGCCUGAGGAAGUGGAGGAGCGGCAGCAGGGGGAGGGGGAGAGCGCUUCUGAAACAUCUGAUCAUGUGGGAGGUGUCGGUGGGCGGGGCCUCUUGCUGGGCUCCCACUACAUGACGGAGGAAGAAUAUGAGAAGAGUGAUGAAGAAGAGGAGGAAGAAGAGGAGUGGACCUUCACCUCCAGACCUGCAGGUCUGUGCCGGUCUCUUUCUGAGGGGUCUCUGCUGCAGGAACCUCGGUCGCCCCUUUUCCGGUCCGACAGCACCAUCCACCGACUGACCCGCCCCGUGACCUUUGACCUGGACCCUGCCCCCCCCUCGGUCCAGGCCCUGAGGAACCAACUGACCCUCGAGGGGGGGUCACUGCACCACAUGCUGGUGCUGCUCAAUGGUACCAAGGAUACCGAGUUCAGAAACCUUCAACUGAGGAAGAAGACCAAGAGUCUGGCCGAUGGCGUUCGGAGCCGCCUCCUGGUCCUACGAGGACGAAAACACAUCAGCCAUGGAAACAGUUUGGAGAAAGCUCUGAGAAACAACAGACCGUCUCCAGGGGAGGUGCUCAGGUGGGCGGCGAGUCUGGAGGCCCUACUGACCAAUCAGUAUGGCCUGGCAGUGUUCCGUCACUUCCUGAAGUCAGAGUUCAGCGAGGAGAACCUGGACUUUUGGUUGGCUGUCGAGCAAUUUAAGAGGACACGCCCCCUCUGCAAGAUGGCCGCCAGAGCUGCAAAAAUCUACGACGAGUUCAUUUCUACCAAUGCAUCGAGACAGGUCAACGUGGACUCAUCGGUCAGAGAAUCGACCAAUCAGGGCCUGCGUGUUGGCGUUGAACCGGAGUCCUUCCGGUUGGCUCAGGGUCAGAUCCUGGGCCUGAUGGAGACCGACUGUUACCCACGAUUCCUCAGGUCUCGCCUCUACGCCCAGCUGGCCAAUAACGAAAGAAAGACCCCCACAGAGCCGUCCAAUCAGAGCAGAGCUGGGUCUCUACAUGUCAGCCAAUCAUGAGCAAGUAGGAGACAUCGGCUGACCUUCAUCUGAUUGACCAUCAGCUCCAGUGAUCUAUUCCAACAAGAGCUGGCCAAUGAAAAGAAACUUCAUGCAUAAUGGGUGAUGUUUGGGCUAUAAACUGAUCCCAGCUGAUUUUUGCUUGUGAUUUACUCUCUAAUCUCUUCAAAACUGUGAUAUUUUAUUAAUAUUUUAACUUCAUAAUUUUUUGAUCAAGAGAACAUGAAUAUGAAUCAAUCAGCCAAACAGGUUAACGCGUCCAAUACUUAAACUAGUGUUCUGAUGUCCUCAUGAGGCUCAGUUUAGUGCUAAUGAGCAACUAUUAGCAUGUUAGCAUUAAGCUAACAGCUUCUCUGUCCAUAUGACAUUUUAAAUGUUAGCAUUAAGCUAACAGCCACUCAGUCUGACCAAUGUUUCAAAUGUUAACAUGGUAGCAUUAAGCUAACAGCUGCUCAGUCCGUACGACAUUUUAAAUGUUAGCAUGUUAGCUUGUUAGCAUAAAGCUAGCAGCCUCUCAAAGAUCUGGUGUGUCUUAUAAUUAUAAUGUCUUUGUUGGUUUUCUGACUAACUUUUUUUAUUUUAAGUUUUUAGAGUAACUCAUAACUAAAGUUGGAUAAGUGUAUUUAAGGAUUGUGACUGCAACUGCUCACCUGUUGCAUAAAGGGAGGGAAACGGUUUGACAAUAUAUGAGACAUCGGACUGUUGACUUCUUCUUUAGUAUCUGCAGUGUGAGUCAUCGCUUCACCUCCUACCUGUCAGAUAUGAAUCUAUUGAAGAUAACUGCAAUUAUAAAUAUAGAAACACGGGCAUCUUAGUUGCAACCUUAUACAUCUUGAAAAUUCCCCAAACUCAUAAUAUUGUACAUUUUUAAAUGGGGGACUAUGAUAAUUCCAGAGAUUACAUGAAGCAUAUUUACUCCAAUAACUUAUAAAUGUUCUGUUACUUUUUUGUAAAAAUCCAGCUGCAAUAGGAACACAAACACAUUGUUAUCUUCUACCUCGGUGGGCGGGUCCAAUUGCCUGGUUCUGUCUUUGAGGUCUUCUGCAUCUGUUUGAUCAUCUUUCAGGCGAUAAAUAAUCAAUGUUAUAACAAUCCCUUAUUAAUUCAUGUUUUUCUUUAUAUGUGCAUCAGUACAUUACAACAGCUCUUUGUUCUAAAUACUUGUAUGUACACAAAUAAAUGUAAUUAAAGAAGAUGAGAUCAGUUCA